AUGCUAAGGGCUUGUGUUCUGGUUCUAAGAGAUAGUUGGGAAUUGUAUCUGCCUUUAUGGAAUUUGCAUAUAAUAAACAGUUUUCAAGCAAUUAUUGGAAUGGUACCAUGUGAAGCUCUCUAUGGUAGAAGAUGCAGAUCACUUGUUCAUUAUGAUGAAGUUGGAGAAAAGAGAGUUUUGGGACCAAAGAUCAUUGAAAGGACAGUUGAAGUCAUUGAUAAGAUCCGUACCAGGAUAAAGGCCGUGAAAAUUAGACAAAAGAGCUAUGCAGAUACCAUGAGGAAAGACUUGGAAUUUGAAGUUGGAGAGAGAGUUUUUCUAAAGGUGGCACUAAUAAAGGAUGUACUUAGGUUCGACAAGAAAGGCAAACUACAACCUCGUUAUAUCAAACCUUUUGAAAUACUUGAUAGGGUGGUGAAUGUGACUUAUCGACUAACUUUGCCGCUUGAACUAUCAGUCGUUCACUAUGUGUUUCUUAUAUCAAUGAUCAGAAAAUAUAGGUAUGAUCCUGAUCACAUGGUCAAUUAUCAAUCCUUGAAAGUACAAAAAGACUUAUCUUAUAAGGAAUUAUUGAUUAAGAUAUUGGAUCGAAAGGUUUGCCUCAAUGGUCAUCUACAUGUCUGGCAUCAUUUAGAUAAUUCCUUACAAGCUUUAUGA